AUGGAUCAGGACGACGGCGUCGGCUCCGUGGACAACAUCGUCACCCAGUUCAGCACCUACGAGGACUUCCUCGACUCGCAGAUCACGACCGUGGACCUGUACUACCUGGAGGAUGAAAGCCUGGCCCGCCAGUUGGUGGAGCUAGGCUACCGAGGGACUGGAGAGGUGGUAAAAAGGGAAGAUUUUGAAGCAAGGAAGGCAGCGAUAGAGAUCGCAAGGCUGGCUGAAAGAACUCAGAAAAAGACAUUAACAAGUGCUGGUAAAGACCUGCAAGAUAAUUUUCUGAAGGCUCUGGCAGUGCGAGAAGAAGACAAUCGCAACGGAAGAGUGAGCACCGUGAUCUUUAUUCGUGACAAAAAUUCUCAUGGGCAGGAGAUAUCAGGAUACAUUGACUAUGCCCACAGGCUAAAGAUUGAAGAUUUUGAAGUCUAUUUUAGUGGAAAAAGAAGACUUCUUCCCAAACCCACAGAUUUGAGCUAUUACAACUGGGACAGUCAUAUUGCUGUUUGGAAUUCAACUCCCAAUUAUCAAGUGAUUGCUGAUAACCCAGAAGGCUUACUUUUCAAAUACAAAAGAGACAGAAAAAUUCUCAACGUGGAUCCAAAGUCUUCCCCAGGUGACAACUCUACUAGAACCCCUAUCCAGACAGAACUCUACAUUCAAGUUGUCCUUUUUGACCACAUUUCGAGAAGAAAGACUUAACUACCAACACGUUACAUGGUCCCCUAAUGGCAUGCUAAAUUUGAAUGAAUUCUGUAACCAGAAACAACUUAGAAAAUAAAUGAGUCCUAUAGCUGGGAGGCAAGCUGGAAUAAUAAAAGUUGAUAAAGAAA